AUGUUGAAAUUUCGAUUUUAUAAUUCAUUCCUUUUGGCUCAUGAUCGAGAAAUAGCUAAAGAGAUUAAAGUGGAAUAUAUCAAUACAAUGAGUAAAGUCUAUUACUCUUAUUUUAAAACUUAUGGUGGGAAAUUGACUAAGUUACAACUUGAUACAACAUAUGAAAAAGACGAUUUACUGGGAAAAAAUCCAGACAAGUAUAGUUCAGCUUCUUCUGCGUCCAGUUUAAUGUUCAAUUCAAUCUCUAGCGUCACCAAUAACUCCACGUUAUCAACGUCCACAAAUUCAGGAACACGUAUUGGACUUUUUGGCCUAGGUGAUCGUGCAUUCCGUGUGCUGAGUAAAUCGAAUUUAGAGAGUACUAUUAUCUUACCACAUGUAGCCAGUAAUGCUGAUGCUAAAUAUCCUAUCGAAGUUUUAUUUCGUUCUAUUCAUUAUGCUCUUCUGGAUACUGUUUGUCGUGAAUACUACUUUCUGUCAGAUUUUUUCCUCCUCAGUGCAGAAACAGAUUCCACUGACCAAGUUACGCCUAAUCAAAAUCAAAUACAGAGCGGUGUAGCACUGGCUAGUUUAUUUGACCAAAUCAUGUCUCGUAGUUUAAAUUGGACACAAAAGUUUACUGAAACUUGUAUAAUUUCCGCAUAUUCUCAUGAUGCAAUCGGUUUGUUGAUCUGCCUUCAGUUAUUACAUGCUAUGCUUCGUUUAGCUAAAGAAAGAGGUGUACACGUGUUGGAUAACUUUUGGAGUAAAAUGACCGAGACAUUAUGGGUACGUGUUACAGAUAGGCUUGAUGUACACAUAGCAUCUAUGUUACAGUAUUUGGAUGUGAACAGUUUUGGUACAGAUGCUCGUGAUAUGGCAAAAACAAAUAUAUCCACUUCAGGCGUCAAUAAUACUUCAACAAAUCCUAAUAUAACUGGAAGCAGUACUUCUGGCUUGCAUCCGAAAAUGUAUUCUCUUAUCCGUCCUCAUUGGAUUGCUAGACGAUACUCUGAGUUGGCCGCUAGUCUACAUUCAGUUGGACAUGGUUUUCCUGGUACUCCACUUUUCGAUGACUCUGUUGGCAAGUCUAACAGUUCAGACAAUUCAAACGUGUAUUACUCUUCACAUAAUGUACCUUCUUCACAGAACCAUUCUAAUCAUACAGAUUCGAAGCCUAGCCUUGAUCCUCGUAUUCUUAGUCGUUUGGCUCACCUACAAACUCAAUUUGAGCAUGUGUUAAAUUCUCUGGCUAAGACAUUUUCACGUCCAAAGUUGGCACACAUAUUUCUUAUCAACAAUUAUGAUUUGGUAAUAAGUGUACUAACUGAACAUGGUGCUGGUGAUUCGUUAGAAGUAAUUCGUUGUCAGGAAUCUGUAACCAAACAUACAGCAUCAUACAUUGAUGAAGCUUUAUCACCCUAUUUUGGCUGUUUAAUAUCUUUUGUUCGUGAUGUUGAGACUAGAUCAGCUAGUGGAAACCAGUUAUCAACAGACCAGACUGAAGCAACACAAACCAUUCGCAGUGAAGAAGCUCGUGUAACACGAAUUGUAAAAGGCUUCAAUAUUGACUGGAAGAAUUCAAUUGAAAAGAUACAUGAUGAGGUUAUGAUGGAGUUUGCUAAUUUCACCUUAGGAACACAGAUAUUUCAGGCUUUACUUGCUCAAUUAAUUCAACACUAUCACCGUUUUCAAAAGGUGAUGACACAAAGUCCUUACAAAAAUAUGCCUAUACGUAAUCAGUUGGUAAUAUACAUCAGAUAA